GUCGAGCAUUGUCUUACAGAUUAUACAAGUCUGACAAGUCUACCGAGGUGUACCCCUUGAUGGAGCUCCAGGGACGCCUUUCAGCCCUACAGGGCAACGCCAAGGCGAUCCACCACGCUCCACUCCCAACUGGCCAGUCACCUUGAACCGCCAUGCCCGCUUGCUGUCUCCCUUAUUUUUCCAUUUCCCCGUCUUCUAACUCCUGGUUCUUCAUGCUCUGCUACCUUCCCACUCUUUACUUAGAUGCCCCCGCUGCUAUACCUUCCAGCUAUACUCAACUUACUUCCCGGGUUGGCUGUGCGACCACGCGGCUCGGUAGGGAAAGUGCCUGCCUAGAGCACACAUGUUCAGGGUCUUUCCAUCAUUCGAUUGACCACACCGACCACACACAUCAUGGCAACCCCGGGGGCUUCCUCCGAUACUCUUAUCACGCCCUCUUCGCUCGCACAGCCACAUUGCUCCUCCAAUCUGCCCACAAUGCACCCAAGGACCACAAACCCGGAAGAACAAGCCGAAUCCGACCUCGAAUUGUCAGUGCUAGAGUCCGCACCGCCCAUUGUCACCAAAAUCCUUCGUGAAGCGAGCGACAUCACAUGGCAGGAAUCAUUAGAAGCAACAAAGGACACCGUCACGCUUGUCCGUCGCCGCGGCCGUUUCCAACUGCUAUCCCAGCAACAAUUCAGGAACAGUCUGCUCGCGAGCGUGGGAUACCUCGAGCUGGCGAAUGCCGCCGACUUUGCGGCCAAUGUGUGGAAUCAGAUCCCCGUGCCGACCUUUGCGGUCGUCCUCAUGGGUAUCGGUGGUACCUGUGCGCUGUGUAUGGUCUUUGCAGCCAUACAGGACUUCCGACUGAGUAUGCAGAAUGUCAAGCUACUCCGGACGGAGCGGGAGCAUCUGAAAAGACUGCGACAGUACCACAGCAAAAAUAUCGAGGUAGUACAACUUCUCGAGAGUCGAUUGGGGGUAAGCGACCGGGAGAUGGGUACCGAGAUUGUGGAUCGUAUCGUGAUGGACCUCUUAAUGGGCUUCGGGUCAGUGCUCGUUGGGGUUGGCACGCUGAUGGCCAUCGGAGGCGCCAAUCCACGGGUGUUCAAAGCCAGCAACCUGCUGUCUGGAUACAUCGGCAAUGGUCUUGCGGCAAUGUUCGGUCUUGUCAACGCCGUCUGGUCCGGCUAUCUUAUCCGUCGUUUCCAGCGCCAUCUCAAAGCUGUCCGAGCCUCGCAGCCCGGUGAUGAUAUUCGUCGUCGUUUACACGCUCGUAUUCGUCGGUUCCAGUGGCAUUCUUUUCUGAACGGACUCAAUGGUCUCGUUGCAGGAGCGGGGUCCAUGGUGACUGCAGAGCGGUGGUGGGGAUACGUCGUGUUGAUUCCGUGUAUCAUUUCUCUGAUCGCGGUGAACUUUUUCUGGCGUAAAAAGCUCGGUUAUGACAGACCACUUCUCACGUACGUUUCACCUGCGCGGGUGCAGCUCACACCCUUACUUGAAGAUUUGGAGUACGCCAUUACCAUGCAGCGCGGCUUAGCAGAGCCAGAGACGUCUUUACCGCAGGCGCUUGUGCAGAUGGACUCGCUGGAUUCAAUGCUUCGAUUCAUCCUGCGCAACGGCAUGUUGGAAAGAUACUCCGAGUCUCUCACUCGGGACAAGCAGACACGAGCCCUUCUCAAAGAUCUUCCUUCGAAUACUGCUACGCUCCAUGAAGUUACCGUCUCGAUAGAAGCCCUCUUCCGCCUUUCUUCCUCCAGGAAUGCGGAAAUUCUUCGUGCACACGCAAAGCGCUUUCUACAAACGGACGGAGUCUUGAUUUUCACAUAUCAUGAGCGUCAUCUCCUCGAGCUACUUGGCUAUGCUAUCUGGCAGGACCAGACCGCUGGCACGGCUCAGACGACAGCCCCUAGGGCUACUGCUCCGGAAGAGAGGAUAGCCGCCAAAUAAUGGCUUGGCCUUUUUUAUGUAUAUAGCGAGCCAGCCAUGUUUCAUUUUUCAUUGCUCGUUCUGGGUGACUGGUCACCUUUGGGAUUGCUUUAGCAUCGCAUCGCAUGGCGAUUGAUCAUCAAUUAGAUAUGACAUGCUAACUAAUCUAGACGUGCAUUCAGCUUUUACCUCUCCCAUGGUGUGUCGCACAUUUCGACAUAAAUAUAGUUGUUGUUAUCUGAAGCAUUUGAAAAAGGAUGGCAUCAACGACACGACAGAAAAUUUCAUGGCACGACAAGGCUAGUCCUAAUGAAGAAUUUCCUCCCCUUCGAUAUGAAAUGCUACAUUCGAAAUACGUAAAUUACCUAACGAGUCCUUCCGUAUAAUUCACAU